AUGUCCUUAGCAAUGCUGAAAGAUCCCAACCACACAAUUACAGAGAAUGGUGUUCAUUGCUCAAAUUCAGACUGCGUACUCCCAAUGUGCAUCAACUCAAAGCUUGGUAGCCUUAUCAAGAAAAGCACUGACUGCAAAAGAGCCGAAAAUUCUAAGGCAACUACGGAUACGAGCCUGAAAAAUGCAGCUGACUGUAAAAUGAACAGCGUCGCCGAAAAUGGAGAUAUGGAGCAAUGGUGGAGAGACCUUCAAAGCUUGGGGAUUCUGGAUCAGUUUCCCAGUAACACCCACACUGACCGGUCAUUCCUCUAUGAACAAAAUGAUUCUUCUCCCAGUCAGUUAGGCGCAAUACUAAGACCAUGUUUCAGCCAAGGGAUCCGAGUGCUUGGAAAUCAAACACAACCUUGUAUACAACAGGUGCAUCCAGGCUCUUCUACUGUCCCCAAUCUACCUUUCUUUGGUGAUGGACUCUACCAAGACACACAAACGGUGGUAACAAACCCCUUAAUUCAGUCUGGAAUUGCCAAACAUGAAGCAUACCCACUGAAUGACUCUGAUGCAUCCAGGUCUGCCAAGUCUGGAAAGUUGUUUGAGAUUCUCUCCUUGAUCUUUCAGGCUCUUGAGGGCCCUCAUACAGCAAAUCUUGAGGAGCACUAUGCAUCUGCGUUACAGAAGGCCCUUCAUGAAAUUCAAGCGGUUAAGAGUCUGUGUCAUCAUUAG